AUGUGGGCAGUAUUGCAAGUGGACGGAUGCAUCCCCCGGGACCUCUCCACGGAUGGCGUCCUUCAUCCCUCGCUGGCCCCCUCUCGCGAUAACAUUGACGAAGACUCCACCCCCACGCUGGAGGUCAUCGUGGCCAUGUCGCCCGAGGUGACGGUGAACACGGCGGACGGAGGACAAGCGGCCCAUAUGGCACCGCACAUGGUGUAUAUCUCGUCCGCACCGACAUCACGCCAGGAUAUCCCUUUUACCGAUCGACUGGUUGCUCCGGCCGACAGCCUCAUGUUCAACACGCCCUGGCUGUGGACAGACCCGGGCCAGCUGGUAGACAUGGACGGUAUUGGUUAUCAGGAGUCGGAACCGGCAAUGGGUGAUAUCGAGGGCUUCUCUACGUGGUGGGAUUUUGGAAACUUGUAG